CAUGGGGGCGGGGCCCGGGAAGGCGCUCGGAAUCCGGAACCACAGUUCUGAUUUUCUUUCCCCCUGGUCUGUGCUUACUAAUGGUUCUGACGCUUCCAGGGAAGGGGGAUUGGAGAUAGGGGCUCAGUGCAGCGACGAGCCGCGUGGACCUGGGGCUGUCUGGCCGCCACCAGCCGCCUGCCCAUCCGCCUGGCCAGGCUUCCCGUCGGUCAUGGCGAGAUUCUGGGCUUGCGUGGCCGGCGCUGGCUUCUUUCUUGCAUUUCUGGUUUUACAUUCUCGUUUUUGUGGCUUUCGGCUCCCGCCACAUCUCCACUUUGCCUUUAAAAUUUCCUGGCGCGCUGAGGAAAUCCUUUACCGGCUGGAUGUGGAUUGGCCUAUGUACUCAGAAUACUUUACUGGAGCAACGUUUUGUGUUGCAGUUGACUCCUUAAACGGAUUGGUUUACGUAGCCCAAAGAGGGGAUAACAUCCCAAAGGUAUUAGUGUUCACAGAGGAUGGAUAUUUCCUACGAGCCUGGAAUUAUACAGUUGACACACCUCAUGGUAUAUUUGCAGCCAGUACACUACAUGAACAAUCCGUCUGGAUCACGGAUGUAGGAAGUGGAUCCUACGGUCAUACUAUUAAAAAAUACAAUUCCUUUGGUGAUCUUGUUCAAGUUUUGGGUACCCCAGGCAAAAAAGGCACUGGUUUGAAUCCCCUGCAGUUUGAUAACCCUGCAGAAUUAUACGUAGAAGACACAGGAGAUAUUUACAUCGUGGAUGGAGAUGGAGGGUUGAAUAACAGACUGAUCAAAUUAUCCCAAGAUUACAUGAUCCUUUGGCUGCAUGGGGAAAACGGGACAGGGCCUGCUAAGUUCAACAUACCUCACAGCGUUACAGUUGAUUCAGCUGGCCGGGUGUGGGUCGCUGACCGAGGCAAUAAAAGACUUCAGGUGUUUGAUAAAGACUCUGGGGAGUGGUUAGGAGCAUGGAAUAACUGUUUCACAGAAGAGGGACCUUCUUCAGUCAGAUUUACUCCUGACGGGAAGUACCUGAUCGCAGCCCAGCUGAGGCUCAGCCGGCUCCUCGUGGCGGCCGCGCCCCCCGUGGGGAGCAUUGGCCGCUGCUCCGUGAUCAGCACCAUCCAGCUGGCAGACCAGGUUUCACCCCAUCUCUUAGACGUCAGUGCCAAGACUGGAGCCAUCUACGUGGCAGAAAUUGGAGCAAAACAAUUGCUGACUCUUUUUACAAAUAAGAAAAAUGGAUUAUUUACAAAAAGGCACUUAACCUAUAGAAUGCAUGAGCCCUGCCGCUGACUAUCUGCAUUGUUCCGAGACUGCUUCAUUUUUCUCAUUUGGGAAAUGGAGGUGAUAGUAUUUUUCUCAUAGUAUUCUUGUGAAUACAAACAAGCCCAUGCAUGUAGAGCAUCACACCCAGUCCCAGUCCAGAUUUUUUUUUUUGGUUUGCAUUAAAGCUAUUUAUCCAUCCAACAGGUAACUACAUGCUAGGUCCCAGGAACACUAUGGUGAGCAAGGUAAAUUUUCAGGAAUUUAUACUCUGCUUGGGGAGACAAAGGAGUUUGAAUGGAAAAAUGAGAUUCUGAUUAGAAUUUGUGGUCUAUAUGAACACUUGGUUGGCUAAGUAAACACCCCUUUCCAACUGUCUCCCUUACUUUCCACCACCUUAGAGACCAGAAGAGCUAGGUACUUGCUUCCUCAGCUUGCCAGCAUCUAGGGGUACCAUGUGAUGCUGUUCUGGCCACUGUAGUUCUGGGGCUUCCAGAAAAAAUCAUUUUUUUUAAUUAAAAAAAAAGCAGGGGAGAGGAUAUAGCUCAAGUGGUAGAGCAUGUGCUUAGCAUACAUGAGGUCCUGGGUUCAAUCCCCAUCAAAAAACCAAAUAAAUAAACCUGAUGACCUCCACCCCUGCAAAAGAAAGAAAAAAAAGAGGGCAGGCAUAUUUAGCAUCACCACCUUUUCCCUUCUUCCCUGACUUGAACUUGAAUGUGAUGCCUGGAGUUGUGGCAGCCCUGUUGGAACCAUAAAGCAACAAACCAAUAUUCUUAAGGAAGGCUGAAGGAGACAGGGUUUUUAUGAUGGAGAAGCUAUUGAACUGGCCUUGUAGUUCCUUUCUCCAGACUUCUUUUUAUGUGAGAUAAUUAAAUGUUUUAUUUACUUAAGCCACUAUUAGUUGGCUGUUUUCUUGCAGAUGAAAUUAUUCCUGAGAAAUUCAAUAUUGAAUUAACCUACAUUAAUUUGAGGAGGAUGGAUAUUUUUUAUGGCUUUAACAUUCUGUACCCAGGAAAGUAAGUCUCUCUGUUUUUAUGUCUUAUGUCAUUUAAUAAGAUUUUUUUUAAUUUAGAUCC